AGCAGCACGUGGGAGUGGAGGCGGAAGCGGAAGGGAAGCAGUGGGCGCUGAAACAUGGCGUGCACAUACACACGCAGAGUCAGGGAGAUGACAGCUUUCGCGUGUGUAUUUUCUGCUCUUAUUGCAGCAUGUGUGAUGCUGCAGCCCGCAUCGGCCAAGCCGGGUCAUUUAAGAGUAAUCACAGAUGGAAACUGGGAGGAAAUCCUGACAGGAGAAUGGAUGAUCGAGUUCUUUGCUCCAUGGUGUCCAGCCUGUCAGCAGCUCCAGCCCGUGUGGAAUGAGUUUGCAGAAUGGGGAGAAGAUUUGGGAGUGAACAUUGCCAAAGUGGAUGUCACCGAGCAGCCAGGUUUGAGUGGGAGGUUUAUCAUCACAGCUCUCCCAACUAUCUACCACUGUAAAGAUGGUGUGUUUCGAAGAUAUCAAGGAGCCCGAUCUAAAGAAGACUUCCUGAGCUUCAUUGAUGAGAAGAAAUGGCAGAGCAUAGAGCCGGUCUCUUCCUGGUUCGGCCCCUCUUCCUUCAUGAUGAACGCAAUGUCAGCCCUCUUUAAGUUAUCCAUGUUCAUCAGGCAUUGCCAUAAUUACUUAACGGAGCAGCUGGGCAUCCCGGUUUGGGGCUCAUAUGGGAUAUUUGCUCUGGCAACACUCGUCUCAGGAUUGGCUCUUGGAUUGGUGCUGGUUUUCGUCGCAGAUUUUGUGUUCCCAUCACGACGAUUUGCACCAGAUUAUCACCACAGGAAACUGCCUGCGGGGCAAGUGCGUCUCCUGCAGCAAUCUGAAGAUGAGCAGGAAGCAGAUGGUGAGGAAGAGGAUGAUGAAGACGAGUACGGAGAAAAGACUGAAGAGUGGCGGCGAGUGGGCGGAGCCGAUGCUCUCAGAAGAAGAGGUGUGGGUGUGCCGGAGGAGGACACCUAGAGGACUGGAGAGGAACUGCCUCUUGCUCACUGUGCACAAAAUCACCACACAAACCACGUCGCUACGGCAAUGCCCUCAUGUGCGGCCAUGGCAGCAUUCAUUGAGCUUGAUGACAUCACAUAUGAUGUCAUAGCUCCCUUCUGAAAGAUUGAUGUGGUUGUGCUUUUCUCUCUAUCUUGCCGCAAGUUUGUGUGUUUUCUCUUUUCCAACUGUCCAGUUUUAAUUCUUACACUCCUUGCUAUGCAGUAUCUCUAGAUUGUGUGUGUUGGAGCAGUGUUUCCCAAAGCUGUUCUGGGGACCCCCAACCACUGCACAUUUUGGAUGUCUCCCUCAUCAGUAACACCCCAUUAGAGUCUUGCAGUCUCUACUAAUGAGCUGAUUAGUUGAAUCAGGUGUGUCAGAUGAGGGAGACAUCAAAAAUAUGCAGUGGUAGGGGAUCCCCAGGACAGCUUUGAGAAGCACUUUGCUAGAGGAAUAUUAGAACCUACUUUAAGGAAUUUCACCGACACACAGCUGCAAUAUUCCCCUUACAAAUACUGAGCAAACCAAGAUCAAACAACAACCUCACUGUGAAUCUGUAGUUGUAAAUGAGGCUUUUGGGAAUAUGAAAGGUUUUGUGCUUUACUUUGUAAAUAUUUUAUUAUUUGAGCUUUUUGGAUGCCUGUUCUAUAAAGUUGGAAUGUUCAGUUUGCUGUUUUAAAUGUUUUUUCUUCCAUGCAGAGAUCAGCUUCACAUGUUUUGCGUUUAGUUUUUUGUGUUAUUGAAGCUUUGGGAGACUAGAAAAUGCCUGAAUUAACACUUGUUUAUUUACGUGUGUGUGUGAUUAUUAUUUGACACCGAAAGACACUUCCAUUAACAUGAUUUGUGUUCUUAUAUUUUACUUUAAACAAGCUUCUUUAAUUUUACCUUCCACACCCUGUUUCCUUCAAUUUAAUUUGUUUAUUAACGCAUAGGUAUACAGUAUCUGAUUAAUUUGAAUGGGCAUAUCACAUUCUGUUUAAAGUGUUUCUAUGUUACUGUGGAUUUUCGGAUGCAUGUGUGAAUUGUAUCUUGGUCUUCCAACUUUUUUUGAAUGCUGUUUAUUUGGACCCCUUUUACUUCCAGUAGUUUUAUUAUCUUUACUAUACUUUGACCCCUGACUGAUCCACUAGAAUUAAAGUGCUUCUCAAUAUGUUCUGCUUAGUUGUCCACAGCAGAACGAUUCUAAUGUGUGAAUGUCUGCAUUUACAACUCGAAUGCUUAAUGUGUCUGUGUCUGUGUGUGUUUGUGUGAGAGAGAGAGAGAGGUUUUGGAAUGUUUCUGUAUUUGAGACUGUAAAUCAGGACUGUUAAUAAACAGUCUAAAGCUGC